AUGAAGUUCACUCUUCUCACAAGCCUCUUGGCAGGCACUGCCAUGUCGGCAGCUGUCCCAAACAUGGAUGACUUGUUGAGCCCUUUGACUGCGGACGCUUUCAAGGAGUUUCACGCUCGUGGUAUCGAUGCAAGGCAGAACCGAGCUGCUCCCCAGGGUGUUGGCGCCUUGCCUUUGGUUCCUCCUCCAUUCAAUGCCGAGCAGCAGCGCGUGCCAAACACGGGGGCCAAUCGAUUUAUUGCGCCAGGCAGUGGCGAUCAGCGAGGACCAUGUCCGGGACUGAAUGGAAUCGCAUCUAUUCAGCAGUUCUCCGAGGGCACGCGACGAGUGUUCGGCAUGGCGCCUGAUCUCGGCGGCUUCCUCGCGAGAUACGGUGCUAUCGUUGAUGGCAACGGAACCCACUGGUCUAUUGGCGGCCGUCCAAGAACUGGAAUCAGUGGAAGCCACAACAACUACGAGACAGACUCGUCCCCAUGCAGAGCCGAUCUCAACCAGUACGGUAGCAACGGCGAACUCAUCGUAUCUCAGUUCAGGAAUCUGUACAACCGCCAAAGCGGUGCGAGCGCCAACUACAAUUUGGAGGUUCUUCGCGCAUUCCGCAAAGAGCGCUAUGCGGAAUCGAUCCAGAAGAACCCAUACUUCGCUUAUUUGCCCUUCGGUGGCAUCGCUGUCUCUCAGGCCGCUUUCACUUUCAUCUACCGCUUCAUGGGCAACAAGUCGGCUGAAUUCCCCUCUGGCGUGCUGAACAGAGAGGUGUUGAAGAGCUUCAUGUCCAUCCAAGGUCCUGAUAACAACCUGCGAUGGGUUCCAGGCAACGAGCGCAUUCCCAACAACUGGUACAAGCGCAACCCGUCCGAUGAGUACUCUGUUCCGUACUUCCAGAGCGACAUCCAGUACUUCGCCCAGACCGUCCCCGAACUCCUUGUCGUCGGCUGCAACAAGGGUAGAGUGAACAGCUUCUCGCCUCUCGAUCCCGCCCAGCUCUCUGGUGGCGCGUACACUGCCCAACAAGUCGCUGCCAACCCAAUCUGCUUCGCAAGCGAGUUCACCAAGGCUCAGAUUCCUCUUCUUACGGGUCUGCCGGCUUCUGACUCCAGGGUCGCGCCACUAUUCGCUACACUUAACGCUGUUACUGGACCUCUGAACUGUCAGAGCAUUGGAAGUGUUAACCAGAGUGCUUUGGCUGCCUGCCCGGGCUUCUCCUUCUAUGGUGGCCCAACUGGACCUGUAGCCCCAGGUGCUAUCCAGACGAGGUAG